CGAACGCCGGCGGACCUCCGUCUCCGACCCUUGACAGACGCGGAGGAGCGAGUGCGCUGCGGUGAGACGCCUCUCGGCCGAAACCCUGCGUGGACGCUAACGCGGCAGCGUUACGAGAAGACUUUUGUUGGGUUUUGUUGGUUUUUUUGGCUGUUGUUUUUUUUUUUUUUGGAACAGUUUUUGGGGCUUGCAUCGAGAGACACGCCGGCAAAAGUGGAUAAAUAGUUUGGGUAAACGCUGCCCCGAGCUCAUUCCCGCGAACGUUGGAUUACUUUGCCGAGAGUGUCAGGCCUGACAUCACCAUGUUACCUUACUUCCUACUCUUGUUCCUCUCCCCUGGCCUGGUGUUAUCCUCUGACUGCCCGGGAGACUGUUCCUGCCCUGUCCAGGACUCGAUAUUCUGCAUUCAUCGACCCUCCAGCAAUGUGCCCCGUGUCCCCACCACCACACGUGAACUCUACAUCUUCCACAACGGCAUCAACACUUUGACCCAAGAUGACUUCAAAGGCCUGGUGGAGUUGGCGAUGCUAGACCUGAGCCAGAAUGAGCUGACAGAGAUUCCAGAUGGUGUGUUUGAGAUGCUGUCAAAGCUGAAGAACUUGGACCUAUCCUCUAACCACAUUAUCCACAUUUCCAAAGACAGUUUUUCUGGGUUGGUCCAGCUUGAGAGGCUGUAUCUCCAUUCAAACCACAUUCAGAGCAUCCAUUUGGAAGCUUUUGAAGGUUUAGAGAUGCUACUGGAACUCAAGCUCCAAGGGAACCAGCUCACCUCUCUGCCAUCCCUUCAUCUCCCCAGGCUACUGCUUCUAGACCUCAGCUACAACAUCAUCCCAACCUUGGGACCCUCAGACCUCCAGACUCCCUACCUGGAAGCCCUUAAGGUGGCCUCUCUGGGGCUCACAUCUCUGGAUGAAGAUCUCAUAGCCUCCCUGGGGAACCUCCAUGAGCUCGACAUCUCUACGAACCAGUUAGCUGAGGUACCUCAGGCCCUAAAGCAAGACUCCCUCCAGGGCCUGAUCAAGCUCAGCCUGGCUGCCAACCCAUUUGGUGAGCUCAGGGUGGAGGACUUCCAGAAACUGACUGGACUUCAAGAACUGGAUCUCAGUGGACUUAAUCUCCAGGGAUUUCCCCACAGUUUCUUCCAGACCUUCCCCAGGUUGAUGCACCUGACAGCAGCUGAGAACCCAUUCAACUGCUUGUGUCCAUUAGCCUGGUUCCCUCUGUGGCUAAAAGAGAAAGGUGUGAAUCUUGGGAGGCCUGAGGAAACCAGAUGUCACUUCCCUCUAGUUAAUGCUGGGAAGAUGCUUUCAGCGCUGGAGCACAAAGAUUUUGGAUGUCCACCUACCACUACAGUGCAGAUUGGGUCCCCCAUUGGAAGUACUCCUGUUCCCCAGAUGCCUACCACAUCUCCUGAAACAACCCAUACCAAUGCUAUUCCUCCUCCUCGACCACCCAGUGAGGAAACUAUCUUCUCAAAAACUGACAGCUACCACCUUCUACAAGAACCUCCAGUCUCCCCUAGCUCAACUAGUGGGGAAUAUGAGAAGCAUAUCUGCCCACCAAACAUCUGCCUCAAUGGGGGCACUUGUAAUUUUGACCCAAUGGGUCAACUCAGUUGUCUGUGUCCCUCGGGAACCUUUGGCCUCUACUGUGAAAAUCUGGAUGAAGUUCCCGAGCCAACAAAACCUUCAGCAACAGAAGUGUCAGUACUUGCCCCUGUGAUGCCCGUUGAACUUGAUGCCAUCAGCUCACGGCAGGUGACCUCCACAUCUAUCCUUCUUGACCUGCACCGCUUCAUCGAGACGCGCCCAAACAUCCGUGGCAUCAGGUUGACCUACCGUAAUCUCUCAGGGCCUGACCGGCGCCCCAUUAUCCUGAGUGUACCUGCAUCUUACCCUGAGUACACUUUGCGUGGUUUAAGACCCAACUGCACCUACUCAGUAUGUGCCAGUCCCCUCGGUGAGAGAGUCAACUCUAGGGCCAACAGCUCUGUAGAAACAGGGUCGUGUACAGAAGCUCGCACCGAAGGGGUUCCACUGGCAUCCUUAGAGCCCAGGGUAGAGCCACAGAGCCAGGUAACGUAUACUCUGAUCCCUGCCCUGGCUGCUCUGGCAUUGGUGCUGGGGUUGGCUGUGGUGGCUGGGACGAUCAUGUGUCUGCGGAAGAGGAGACAAGCCAGGGCAGGAAUGGAGCUGGAGCUGGGCCCAGCUGAUCCUGAUCCCAUGGAACUGGAGGGGAUCAAGGCCUGUCUGGAGAAUGGGGGAAAUGGUACACUACCCCACAAACAGCCUGAGAUUGACCGCUGUCACACACCUCAGCCGCCUCCAUCAUUGCAACAAAAUGGGGGCUUGGACUAUGAGGUACCCCUGAUGCAAGGACACUGCCCAUCAAAUAACAAUCUAGCAUCCCUAAAGCCAUCUUAUUUCUAAGAUGCAAUAAAAUACAAACACUUGGAAAGAUUUUGGACAGAGUGGGCUUUCCCAUCAGGACUUGUGAGAUCCUGCUAAGGCUCACUUAGUGGUUAAAAUUCUAAUUUAGUUCAAAUUUCACACAUCCACAAUACGAAAAGUGGCACUUACUUAUUUGAACUUGUCUAAAUGAUAACACUACAGAAUGGAUCAUCUAUUUUAAAGAUACUAAAUGAUGAAUUUAAGAUUAUGUAGCGUAUUGGAAAUGUGCUAAACCACUAUGGGACAAUAAACAGGAUGAGGUUUAAAGUCAUCUAGCCGAGUUUGAUGAUGGUUAGACCUAACCAAGUAAUUAAACUAAGUGCAAUGACUAGAGGGAUCUUAGUAGCAAACGGAAGUGCCUUUUUGCAUUGACACAACUGUAAUCGAUGGCUCAUUUUUAAAAUUUCUUUGUUUAUAUAAAAGAAACUAUGCAAAUGAGCUGUAAUCUUGUUGCUGGAUUUGGGAGAUACAGUAAGGAGAAAUGCGCCUCACUGUUUGGGCUACAGAAGUGGAGGAAAUGACAGUGGUUUAAAUGAAAACAGAGAGGAAGAUGUAGACUUGCCUGGACCACACGUCCUGGUACAAAAUGGGGUUUCAACCAACUCCAAAUGCUCCAUGGGAAUAAUAAAAAGAACUUGCACUGAAAAAAAAAAUUCCUUUUCCUUUCUGAUGUCCCAGUCACGAACUGCCAGAAGACUGAUGGUCACAUAAGGAAAUGCAAUAACAACAAUACUUUACAAAGCUAGUAAUAGGUUGAUGACCAUAAAAGGUGCCCAACUCCAUAUUUUGCUGUUCACAUUAUCUAAUCAGAACAAAACAUUUCUCACAUGUGGAUUUGGAUUUUUCAGUGUCAACAGAUCUACAAUAAUUCUUUCCACACAUUCGAAAACGUCUGGCUCCACGGGAGAUAAAUUUGCUGUGAAAGAUAAAUGGACUGAAAGCCAUUGUGAAUGGACUUUGUCUGCAUUUUUCUGUGCCGUGACGAGAAGGCUGUUUUGUCUAGCGGAUAUCAUGAUAUUCUGUUUUUGUCAUGUGUUUUUUUUUGUUUGUUUUGUUUUUUAGUUUUUAUUGCGUUUUUCGCUGUUGAUGUCCAUUCAGUAUUUCUAUUAGUGUCAGUUGAAACAUCACUGAUUUUUCCCCUUGAAAAGCUUGCCUAAGUCAUCGUGGAUUUGAUCAUUUCCUAUUUCCAUUUUAGGUUACAUGUAGUUAAAACUUUCCUAAGCUCCUUGCAGUGAGUGUAGAAGUUAAUACUAGUUUAAGUUCUUGAGACCAGCACUACAAGUCACCAGCAAUAAUCAAAUAUCUAAAGGGUUUUAAUGAAAAGAUUAAAUUAAUACUCUGUUAUCUUGAUAUUGUGUACGAAAUGCUUUUUCGCCAACUCACAGUAUAUCUGAGGAACUUACCAAAUGAAUCUAACUGUCAAGUGUCAGACACUUGAUUCUCUCUGCGAGGUCUGCCAACGCUUCAUAAAGGACAUGGUUAAGACAAGCCUCAGACUGUUUUUGACUGUCAAAGCUCCCAAAACUGUGUUCAAGGCCUUUUGCCACAGAGCCCACUCCUAUAGAGUGGCACGCGCGCGCGCCGAGAAAAGAACAAAAGUUCAAAGAGAAUCAAGGCGAUUUGCUGUGAGUGUCAGUAAGUUUCGGGCACUAGUUGUUUCCUCUCUGCGCCUCUGGACGUAUCGUUUCUGAGAUAUGGUCUAGAAAGUGGUUCCCCUGUAGCUUUUUGUCAUCUCACACCCUCUCUCUGGUUCUCUGUCCCUCCACUUUAACUAUCCAGUGUGUUUUUGCUCAACAACGAUUAUUGGCCUGUGUGUUUGGAGACUGUUUUGCUUGUUUACUGCCAACCAGACUGUGAAAUGUGCCCUUCUUAAGUAUUUAUUCUUUUUUUCCUGUCUGGGCCUGGGAAUGUCACAAGCUUUUAGUGUUACUUUUCUUUUUUUAUAUAUAUAUGUUUUCCCCCAAAAAAGAUCAUGAAAAAGAAUCUUACACUGCUCAGUAUAAGAGGUUAACAGAGAUGUGAAUUAGCGACAUCGGUGCAGAGCCUUAAGGGGGUCUUCUAGAGGGCCUUUAUUUUGCCCAGAAGACAUUGCAUUAUUUACAUUACAAACUAAAAAUGAAGAAACGUGAAAUGUAAUAUGAUCAAUUUAGCCAGGUUAAAAAAAAAAAAAAAGAAAAAAAGCCCCUCCUUGUUUUCUUGGUUAUCUAACAGCCAAAAGCGAAGAUGACUGGGUGUUAUCAGUUGGUUUGUUCAGGUGUGUGUGUCUUUUUUCCCUUCUUUCUUUCUUUUUUUUUUUUUUUUUUUUUGCUUCCUCAUCUAGAGUAUGUCUUCUUUAUAAUUGAGUCCAUGCACUACACUCCAGCACUGUCCAAAAUCAACUUACCAUUCUUUGGCUUCACCACACUCUUCACUCUGUCAAUAUUCCAGUAUAAACACAGACGCAGAUGCUCAUAUAUCUGCUUCCCCCCAAUAUAUCAACUGGAAGACUCCCUGUAUUGCUUUGGACAGUGAGAGGGGCAGGAAAUGUUUGAAAUGUUUUCGACACGCUUGUUACAGUACCUUCCCUGUUUAUUAAGAGAGGCUUUUUUCUUAUUGUUUCAUGUUUGUCAGUUAUGUCAAUUACGUUUUUGUGUACCUGUUUGCCGGAAAAGUAAUGCU